GCAUGCUCUGUCCAAGUCCAGUUCGGUUUCUGUUGCGGGAUCCGCUGUGUCUUCUAGCGCAACCGGAACUGUCCGACGCGGGGCCGGACUCAGCUUGGGCGACCUUGUUGUCUCUGAGCCUUCCCUUCCCUCAUUCCCUUUUCUCCCCUUCGACUCGUCUGCCUUUUUUCCUGAAAUAGCCAUCAUGAGCGGGAGGCUCUCGGCGUCGUCUCCACCUCGGUGGCCGGGGUUAUUGCUCCUAUCGCUACUCCUGCUGGGGGCAACGCCGGGCCCGCGUCUGUGCACGGCUUUCUAUUUGCCCGGCCUGGCACCGGUCAACUUCUGCGAAGAAGAAAAAAAGAGUGACGAGUGCAAGGCUGAAAUAGAGCUGUUCGUGAACAGGCUUGACUCAGUAGAGUCAGUUCUUCCUUAUGAAUAUACAGCGUUUGACUUUUGCCAAGCAUCUAAAGGUAAACGCCCAUCUGAAAAUCUUGGUCAGGUAUUAUUUGGGGAAAGAAUUGAGCCUUCACCAUAUAAGUUUACAUUUAAUAAGGAGGAGACCUGUAAACUUGUUUGUACAAAAGUAUACCAUACAGAGAAAGCCGAAGACAAACAAAAGUUAGAAUUCUUGAAAAAAAGCAUGCUGCUGAAUUAUCAACAUCACUGGAUUGUGGAUAAUAUGCCUGUAACAUGGUGUUAUGAAGUUGAAGACAGUCAGAAGUUCUGUAAUCCUGGAUUUCCUAUUGGCUGUUACAUUACAGAUAAAGGCCGAGCUAAAGAUGCUUGUGUUAUCAGUUCAGAAUUCCAUGAAAGAGAUACAUUUUACAUCUUCAACCAUGUUGACAUCAAAAUAUACUACCAUGUUGUUGAAACGGGGUCCAUGGGAGCAAGAUUAGUGGCUGCUAAACUUGAACCUAAAAGUUUCAAACAUACCCAUAUAGAUAAACCAGACUGCUCUGGACCCCCCAUGGAUAUAAGUAACCAGGCUUCUGGGGAGAUUAAAAUUGCCUAUACUUAUUCUGUUAGCUUCGAGGAAGAUAAAAAGAUCAGGUGGGCAUCUAGAUGGGACUAUAUUCUGGAAUCUAUGCCUCAUACCCACAUUCAGUGGUUUAGCAUUAUGAAUUCCCUGGUCAUUGUCCUUUUCUUGUCUGGAAUGGUGGCUAUGAUUAUGCUACGGACACUGCAUAAAGAUAUUGCCAGAUAUAAUCAGAUGGAUUCUACAGAGGAUGCCCAGGAAGAAUUUGGCUGGAAACUAGUUCAUGGUGAUAUAUUCCGUCCUCCAAGAAAAGGGAUGCUGUUAUCAGUCUUUCUAGGAUCAGGAACACAGAUUUUAAUUAUGACAUUUGUGACUCUGUUUUUUGCUUGCCUGGGAUUUUUGUCACCUGCCAACAGAGGAGCACUGAUGACCUGUGCUGUGGUCCUGUGGGUGCUGUUGGGUACACCUGCAGGCUAUGUCGCUGCCAGAUUCUAUAAGUCCUUUGGAGGUGAGAAGUGGAAAACAAAUGUUUUAUUGACCUCUUUUCUUUGUCCUGGGAUUGUAUUUGCUGACUUCUUUAUAAUGAAUCUGAUUCUCUGGGGAGAAGGAUCUUCAGCAGCUAUUCCUUUUGGAACACUGGUUGCCAUAUUGGCCCUUUGGUUCUGCAUAUCUGUGCCUCUAACAUUUAUUGGUGCAUACUUUGGUUUUAAGAAGAAUGCCAUUGAACACCCAGUUCGAACCAAUCAGAUUCCACGUCAGAUUCCUGAACAGUCCUUCUACACAAAGCCAUUGCCUGGUAUUAUCAUGGGAGGAAUUUUGCCCUUUGGAUGUAUCUUUAUACAGCUUUUCUUCAUUCUGAAUAGUAUUUGGUCACACCAGAUGUAUUAUAUGUUUGGCUUCCUAUUUCUGGUGUUUAUCAUUUUGGUUAUUACAUGUUCUGAAGCAACUAUACUUCUUUGCUAUUUCCACCUAUGUGCCGAGGAUUAUCAUUGGCAAUGGCGUUCAUUCCUUACUAGUGGCUUUACUGCAGUUUAUUUCUUAAUAUAUGCAAUACACUACUUCUUUUCAAAACUGCAAAUUACAGGAACAGCAAGUACAAUUCUGUACUUUGGUUAUACCAUGAUAAUGGUUUUGAUCUUCUUUCUUUUUACAGGAACAAUUGGCUUCUUUGCAUGCUUUUGGUUUGUUACCAAAAUUUACAGUGUGGUGAAGGUUGACUGAAGAAGCCCAGUGUGUCCAGUUAAAACAGAAAUAAAUUCUUCAUCAUCAAAGAUCUUUUUUUGUGAUUACCUUGAGUUUUAUCAGCAUUGGCCUAGUAAUCCUUCAGAAACAACAUAAUUCUAAAUACACCUCUUUCCAUAUACUUGUCCCCACAAAAUAUGUUUUCAACACCAAAACAUUUGUAUUGUGAUUUAUUAAGUAUAUAUUGAGUUGUUCUCAGUGAAGAGCAAAUUUAAAUAUUAUGUGUAUUUGUAAAUACAAUAGCUAUAAAAUUUUCAAUACUUCUAAUGGCAGUAAUAGAGGAGGCCAUAUUAAACAAUAUUGAUGAAAUGCCAGACAGUUCAUUGUAAAUAGGAUUUUCUAGGCUCAGUAGGUGGGAAGAAUUAUUUUUCUUUGAAGGAAUAACUUUUUAUCAUGGUAAUUUUGAAGGAUGAUUCGUAUGAUGUGUUUAUUGGGGGGAAGCAUUUAAAAAAAUCCUGUAUUGGUUGUGAUUGUUCAUACCUUCUUUUCUGUGUUGACUUCAUUAUUCCCAUGGUAUUGGCCUUUUAAACUAUGUGCCUCUGAGUCUUUCAAUUUAUAAAUUUUGUUAUCUUAAUAAAUAUUGUAAAAACA